AUGGUGGAAGGAAACACACCCAACGAACCACAGGCACGGCCAAAUGCCUCUGACGAGAAGGGCGUCGAGACCGUCGAGGCUACCUAUGACGACCACAAACCCGAGGUUGCGGAAGCACAAUCAAAAUGGCAGAAAUUCAUCGACGUCCUGGCAUGGACGCCGCCGUGGUGUCGAUGGGAUCCAGAAAAGCCGCCCACGUUCUCGGUCUGGCACAACGUUCUGUUCGCGUUUGCGGGUGCCUUUACUGUGGGCAACCUGUACUACAACCACCCAAUUCUGAAUAUUCUGGCUCGAGACUUCAACGUGCAUUAUGUGACGGUGUCACGAAUCCCAACGCUGAUGCAGGCUGGCUAUGCUACUGGUUUGCUGUUCGUAUGUCCGUUGGGUGAUUUGCUGAAGAGGAGACCGUUGACACUGGUGCUCAUUGCAUUCACAGCGACCAUGUGGAUUGGGUUGUGCGUGACCCGUUCGUUCACAGUCUUCUGUGCAGUCUCGUACAUAUGUGCGGUUACGACGGUCAUCCCUCAAGUGAUGCUGCCGUUGGUGUCAGAAUUGGCUCCUCCUAAUCGACGCGCUUUGGCCCUGAGCAUCACCACUUCUGGUAACCUCCUUGGUAUCGUGAUUGCUCGUAUUCUCUCCGGCGUGGUCACACAGUUUACGUCGUGGCGAAACGUCUACUGGACCGCUCUUGCAUUGCAAUACCUCAUCCUUGUUACACUCUGGCUUUUCAUGCCCGACUACCCCUCCUCGAACCCCCAGGGACUGAACUAUUUCAAAAUGAUCGGCGGGAUUAUCUUCUUAUACAAGAAGCACGCUGUCCUUGUUCAAGCCGGAUUGAUCAGCUUCUGUAUCUCGGCCGCAUUCACCAAUUACUGGACCACACUCACCUUCCUUCUGGCUGGUCCACCGUAUUACUACUCACCACUUGUCAUUGGAUUGUUUGCACUGAUUGGCGUGGCUGGGAUCCUAAUGGGCCCGCUCUACGCGAAGUGGCUCAUUCAGCCCUUCGCGCCUCUCUUUUCUUGCUUGAUGGGCUGUGCCGCCAACCUGAUUGGGAUCACCAUUGGGACUUACUCGGGGAAGACUACCGUGGCAGGACCAAUAAUCCAGGCUUUUACGCUGGACAUGGGCCUCCAAAUCACUCAGGUGGCGAAUCGCGCCGCCAUCCACGCGAUUGAGCCAAACGGGCGGAAUCGAGUAAACACGGCUUUCAUGUUGUGCACGUUCACGGGUCAAUUGACAGGCACAUCGGCAGGCGCAAAACUGUACGAGCGUGGUGGAUGGUUUGUGAGUGGAAGUCUCAGUGUGGCUUUGGUGGGAUUGACAUUUGUGAUCUGUGCCUUGAGAGGACCGUACGAGGAGGGCUGGAUAGGUUGGCACGGAGGGUGGGAUGUAAGAAAGAAGAACCUGGCCGAAGCGACGAGCGGGCCGGUGCCAAUCGCGUUGGAAGAGUCGAGUACGACUGAUGAAGAGAAAGCACAACGGUCAUGA